AAACACAGCAGAACGGUAGGAAACUUCACUCCUCUUAUUAUUUCUCUUUUACUAUAGCGAUUUAUUUUUAGAUACGUGGUCUGAGUCUUUCAUAGAGUUGUAGAGUUAUUAGAGAAAUAGAGUUAUUUUUUACAUUCUUUGGUCGAAGUUUUCAGAUCGGGACUUCGGAGCAUGUUCGCGACUCGGUUGAUUCAGAUCGACACUUCGGAGCAUGUUCGCGACUCGGUUGAUUCAGAUCGGCACUUCGGAGACUGUUCGCGACUCGGUUGAUUCAGAUCGGCACUUCGGAGCCUGUUCGCGACUCGGUUGAUUCAGAUCGGCACUUCGGAGCAUGUUCGCGACUCGGUUGAUUCAGAUCGACACUUCGGAGCAUGUUCGCGACUCGGUUGAUUCAGAUCGGCACUUCGGAGCCUGUUCGCGACUCGGUUGAUUCAGAUCGGCACUUCGGAGCAUGUUCGCGACUCGGUUGAUUCAGAUCGCCACUUCGGAGCAUGUUCGCGACUCGGUUGAUUCAGAUCGACACUUCGGAGCAUUUUCGCGACUCCGUUGAUUCAGAUUGAGACUCCGGGGACUGUUUGUGAUUUUUUUUUUUUUUUUAAUUCAGAUCUGUACUUCGAAGCAAGAAGUGUUUGUCAAACAGUUCAUUAGUGAUAACUGAAUAUUUGGGCCUGAGGCUUUUUUUUUCUAACCUGUCGAUUUGAUUUUUAAAUGAUUUCAAUGACAGGAAGUUGCAUGUGUUGUGUUUUAUGAAUUGUGGAUGGAUUUAUCAACUGAGAAAUAAAGUUGAACAGAAAUGAUCAUGAACUCUUAAAGAUGAUGAUGAAAAGAAAAGGUAAUAUUGCAUAUAAAAUUAUAUCCAAGUAUGAACUAACUUGCGCAAUACUUUAAAUAUUCUUACUCUACCCUAAAUCAGUGAAAAUGUUUGGCUCAGUUUACAGAAAGUGUACGUCACACCAACACAGUCUCACUCGCUACUCGUCAAAUGUUGCACCAAUUUUUGUUUAAAUCUCUUAGUGUUUUUGGCUUUGGAAAUAAAUUUAUUAAGAUGGUGAGAAUGCUUUAUAAUGAUAUUAACUCUUCAGUUUUGGUUAAUUUGCAUACCACUAAACGUUUUAAGUGUGAUAGAGGAGUGCGUCAAGGCUGCCCCAUUUCCCCGUUUCUUUUUCUUUUGGCUGUUGAAUUGCUAUCACUUAAUAUUUUACAAAAUCCCACUUUGAAAGGUAUCUCUGUAUUUGGUAAAGAAUUUAAAAUAUCUCAACUUGCGGACGAUACUACCUUAUUCCUUAAAGAUCAGAAUCAAAUUCUUCUAAGUAUUCAAAUUAUUCAGUCCUUUUCUGAAGCCUCAGGCUUGUAUUUAAAUUUAUCAAAGUGUGAACUAUUUUGUCUCUAUGAUACCCAACAAACGUCAAUUCAUAAUUUUCCAGUUAAAGACUGUAUCAAGUACCUGGGGAUUUUUAUUACUAAAGAUAGAUCAAUUCGUCAACAUCUAAAUUUUUCUCCUAAAAUAAAGAAAACUAGAAUAAUCUUUAAUUCUUGGCUUCAACGAGAUCUAUCCAUUUAUGGCAGAGUUUUAAUAUCUAAAGCAGAGGGUUUGUCCCGUUGUGUUUACCCUGCUUUAUCUUUAUUUGUAAGUGACAAAAUUGUUGUUGAUAUAAAUAAAAUGUUGCUGAAUUUUAUUUGGAAGAAUAAAUCCCAUAAAAUUAGGAAAUCUGUCUUGUCUAACAGACGUUCUGAAGGUGGAUUAGAAGUCUUAGAUUUCAAAGAAUUAGUUAGUUCAUUUAGAAUUAGUUGGUUAAAAAAAUGUCUCCGUAGUAAUGAUUCAAUUUGGUACUACAUCCCCAAUACUAUAUUUCGUAUAUUAGGUGGUCUAGAUUUUCUUUUAAAAUGUAAUUUUACUCCAUCUAAAUUGCCGAUUUCUCUCUCAAACUUUCACCAACAAGCUUUACUUGCUUGGAAAUUGUGUUAUGUACACAACUUUUCCCCCCACAAAGAAAUUCUUUGGAAUAAUUCAUGUAUUUUAAUUCGUGGAAAGUCUCUUUUUAUUGAAAAGUGGUAUGACAGAGGUAUUGUUUUUGUUUUGGAUUUAUUUAAAGAUGAUGGUACUAUAUUGGAUUAUGAAGAAUUUAUGAUUUUGUAUACUCUUCCCCUGCCAGCUAGAUCCUUCAAUUCUGUUAUCAAAAGUUUGUCUCCAAGUUAUGUACAUUUAUUUAAGACAUACCUGAGUUAUAAUGAGAGGAAAACAAUUAUGCCCAAACUUUUACUGGAUGGAGUUUGUUUUCUUGAUAAAAAAUGUAACAGUAAAGCGAAUAUUACAUUAUUCAGUAUAUACAUCCCCUAGAUGUAAAUUUUUCUGGACCAAUUAUUUUGAUAAUAUUCACUGGAAGAGAGCAUGGUUACUCCCUGAAAAAUUUUGCAUUUCUAAUAAAAUUAAAGAGGUACAUUUUAAAAUUUUGCAUAAUGUUUAUCCAACAAACUCUCAAAUUGCUCUUUUUUUUGAUCUUUCUAACUUAUGUGUGUUCUGCAGAGUUGAAGAAGAAACUUUACUACAUUUAUUUUAUUAUUGCAAUCAGGUGAAGUCUCUUUGGGAGAACUUAAGUUGUUAUUUAUCUUCUUUUAUAAAAGGUGAUUUAAAAUUCUCUUUGAAAGAUAUUUUUUUCUAUUUUUCUGGUAGUAACCAUGUUGUCGAUCUUGUUGUCAAUUUUUUUGUUUUGCAUUGUAAAUUUUUUAUUCAUAAAUCAAAAUUUCUCAAUACGUUACCUAGAUUUGAUGUCUUUCUUGCAGAGAUUUUACUCAUUGUUAAAUCUCUUAAACACAUUGAUAAUAAUAAGAAUAACAAGUUUAUUAAGGCUUAUGAUGCUAUUAUACUGAAAGAAUGAUUUUCCGGUUUCUUGGGGUUUUUUUUUUUUUUUUUUUUUAUGUGUCAUUGUAUGACAAUGCAGUGCUAUUUUGUAUUUGUAUUUCUUUUGUCUUGCAAUAAAAAAAAAAAAAAAAAAAAAAAAAAAAAAAAAAACUCGUCAAAUGUCUGACGCAUGGUCAAGGGAUCUGGCGUCACUUUUUUGACGCACUGGGUAUACCUUUGACGUCUUUUUUCAACGUGGGGGGUAGUCCGAUAGACUUCUAUGGAACUAAACAGCGUUGAAAUUUGACGUCUUGUUUCAGCACACCACAACCCAUUGUCUGCCUCGUAUGGAUCUAGACUACAAUAAAUAAAAAUAAAAAGGAACAGGUUACAAAAAAUGAUCUAUGCCAAGGUGAGUCAAAUGGCGGCCCCCAAAUGGCGGGUUUUUGAUGUUUAAAAAGCCUCGCAAUCUGAUAUCAAAGCGCCCGCAAAGGUUUAGCGCGUUCAUCAGCGGUGAGUUUAACAACGCUCACCUGCAGGGAAAACGGCAUUCAGAGAUGAGUUUAACAACGCUCACCUGCAGGGAAAACGGCAUUCAGAGAUGAGUUUAACAACGCUCACCUGCAGGGAAAACGGCAUUCAGAGAUGAGUUUAACAACGCUCACCUGCAGGGAAAACGGCAUUCAGAGAUGAGUUUAACAACGCUCACCUGCAGGGAAAACGGCAUUCAGAGGUGAGUUUGACCAAAGCAACGCUCGACUGCAGGUAAAACAGCAUUAAAAGGUGAGUUUAACAACGCUCCAAGGCGCGUGCAAGUAAUCAUUGGUAGGACACCGCUUUAACUAUAGCAUGCUGGAUAACCUAUUUUUAUCAGAGGUUUGUUGAUUUUAAUAAAUGCAUAUAAAUGCUACGAUUGUGUUCAAUUAAUCUUUUUAUUAUUAUUAUUAUUAUUAAAUCCUCUAAAUUAAUAACGCUGACGUCACCGUAUGGGCGAUCCCAAGGUCCAUUGCGAUUUUCCACUCGGUAAGUAAAGUAAUGUUAGAAGGCUUAAUUAAUAAAGAUCGAUACUAUUCUUACAUUUACACAUCAAAACUGUUGAAUCAGGACAAGAAGUUGUGUUUAGGAACUUUACAUUUUUUAAGGUGGCCAUAUCUUAUGACGAUAAAUAAUGGAAAACAUUCUAAAAAAAAAUGGCUUUCUGUACCAAAUGUGCAGGCUAGCAAAGUUAGCUAAUUGAAUUCAAGUUAAUUUUUUGUCGCAUAUAAUCAUGUAAGGUACAAUCAUAAGAGAAUGUAAGAUUUUCAUAAUGAGACAUAACGUGUUACAGCAGCUAUAAUGUAUUUCUGCGUUGGGAUUCUUCUUGUGGUUGUAUGUCGUUGCUCUUUCUUUGCCAAGUGUUUUGUGCCCAUUUAUAUACAGUAAAAUUAUCACAGGGAAAAGGAAAUAAACCAGUUAAAGAAAUAUUUUUCCUUGUUAGUACAAAAGUAGAAUUAAUAACUUAUAAAACAUAUUAAAAAAAAUGGCACUGAUUAUCAGCCAAACUGGCAUUUUGAAUGGUUGGUAUCAAUAUCAGCCAUGAUUGUAAAGAUCAGUCCAUCCGUUUUGAGCUAUUGUAUUGUGAGUUUUCAGGCAACACCCAGCCCUACAGUAUUCUGGCCUAAUACUAUAAGCACCCACAGACCUCCCCGCCACAUCCCAAACCAUGGGCAAACUUGACCAACAUUUUCUCAAGUUCUUAAACCUUUCAGUUUUUCAGUAUAUAUGUAUUUGUAUGUAGCAUGAUCUUCAAAUCUGAAUGUAUUAUCUUUCCCUUCUCUCAACAGGUCCCCUUGUUCCUUCAUCAUUUAUUUUAAAACUUCUGUUUCAUUAAAAAGCAAAAACAAAGGCACUUUUAAGAGCCACGUUUGUCUAUUUAAUUGUUGUUAGUCCGUCUAGUUCUCCGUGGUUCUUGCUCAUUUGCUCUUCCCCCUAUCCCUUUAGUGUUGUUUUGUUUGUCCUUGUUCGUCAUGAGUGACCAUUCCAAUUUCGAACAGGUCCUUGAUGAGCUUGAUGAACAUUCUGAAUUAAAUUAUGAACUCCAGAGCUUGGAUGAUUUCAUUAAUAAGAUGUCGGGAGAACAGGAGGCAGCACCAUCCACCAGCCAUCAACCUGUCAGGUGGUUGAAGAGAGACAGUGAUGGAAAUGUUGUCUAUGACAGACCAAGGUCAUCCCGAAACCAAAUGGCUAGUCACAGCUACAGUCGUAAGGCUGGUGCUCAUCCUAGAAUGUUGGACGGCUACUGUCCUCCUGACACUGUUGAGACUUUCCUUGAAGAGCGAAACCACUCACAGGGUGAUGACUUGGAUGAUCAGGAAACGGCACCAGCACCACCACGGGCCUCUUCAGACUGGUCUACUCGAAAAAGUCUCCUCUCAGAGAGGUGGGAGAAAGAAAGAGCCUGUCUGGUGAAUACCAUGGUAGCACAACAAAAUGUGACAACUCAGAUCUGCCAACAAUGUGGCAUGAGUCCAGCUGCUGUCCGUUGUCGUGACUGCAGACCACAACCAUUUUUCUGUGCUGAUUGUGAUGUCAGUAUACACCGAAACCACGUAUUCCACAACAGGGAUGCAACAAUAGCUGGAUUCUUUCAGCCAUUGCCUCCAACAACCUGUGUCGUGGAGAGGGCUCUUUCCCAGUGUGUGUGUAUUGUGCCGUUGGAGAUGCCCAAAAAAAUAUGUAGUUGUUCUCCAGGAUCGUUGAGUGUCAACACAGGAAAAGUUGUUGCUGUGCUUACAAUGAAUGGACGAUAUGAUCUCAGUAUGCCUGAGAUGAAAUGCGAGGCAUGCAAAACCACAUGGAGCCCUGGAGCGGAUGACUUAGUCCGUAAUGACUACUGGCCUGCUACCCUUCACUUUUCCACAGUGGACUCUACAGAUGUGUUUUAUUCAUAUGAAGAGUUGAAGAUGGCAGCACCAGGACUGUCAUGCCAAGCAUUUUUAAGAAUGCUUGAUCAACGAACUCUCCGCUUUGGCCGUAUUGGGAAGAUCACAGCAGACAGCUUCAGAAAAAGUUUUUUGGAGUGGGAGGCUGUUAGAUUUGAGGUGGAUAAGAUCUGCAGGGAGGAGCAUUUUGUCUGCCCUGCAUGCACCCCAGACAUGCUUGCUGUUUCUGUGGAUGGAAAUCGCAAGCACUACCGCUUUAAGAAUGCAGCAAGAUCGGAAGAAAAAGCCUUAUUUGAUGGCAUCUUCAUUGCAAAAGAUGAUGAAGUAGAGAGAUUUCUGGAUUACAUUCAUUCUACCACCAACCAUUUCUCUGGAAGAGGUGUCUGUGGAGGGAAGUGGUCAGCUGCAAGGGAAACGUCUCAGAAAUCCUCAAGUAAAAUUGAUGAGGAGGGACUUGAGCUUGCAGUCUGUCGACAUGGAGUUUUUCUCACCGCUCUCAACAUGUUCAGGGGAGAAAUAUAUGCUUAUCCCCUCUACCUGCAGAACAAGCUGGCAAAUACGCCAAUAAGCUUUUUUGCCAUGGAAGUAACCUGCAAGUACUGGCCUUACCUCAACAAAGUCACAAAAAGCUGCCCGGAGCUCCAGCACCUUCUGAGCAUGAAACCAUUCCUCUCAGUGUUUCAUGCCAAAGCCCAUGAUUUAAAUUGCGAGGUUAAAUGGAGUGGAGCUUACCAGCAAGGGGCCGGAUUGACACUUGGCGAGGAGGUUGAGCAGUGUAACGCCUUCCUCUCUAGGAUUGCUGUGACCACGAAGCACAUGUCCAAAGCAGGACGUACUGACAUGCUUACAUUGAUGGCCAUGCGCUGGAAUCAGCAAAAGUUUAAUAACUUGGCUACUUCACUUGCCUGCCGAUAUCAGAAGGCCACAAAACGUCUGGAAAGCCAACUUCAGGACCUGGAAAGCAUGAGAAUCCAGCUGGCAGUGACACCGGUUGAAGUUGAGGGCUGGGUCACUGAUAUUAAGGAGUGGGCAGAAGCAACAACAUCCCAAAAGAAUGCCGAUCUUGACGCAGUGAUCAAUAGAAUAGAGGUGCUGGUGGCCAGCAUUAAAAGAAGGUCCCAGCGCCUUUACAAAGACACCGAUGGCAGCAAAGGUCGGGCCCGGAUCCGGCGCAAAAUCAGAGAGGAGAAGGCCAUUCUUAGCUCUGUUGUUGAAAAAUACAACAGUAUGGUUCCAGAUACAGAAAGAAUCGCCUUUGACAUCAUUCUCUCUGACGAGACAGUUUGGCCAUGGCAACUUUCACAUGGUGACGCUGUAGAUUUGAAAACCAAGAGGAAGGCGUUAGAUGUUGUGAUGGCUAUCAGGAGACUUGAGGAGAAGAAGAUUGUUCUUUCUGAGAUGGCAAAGCAUUGGAAAUCUCUCUCCACUCGUGCAGACACACUCAAGGAGAUGUCAUGCCAGCUUUCCAGUGAGGCAUUGAAAAGUGAGCUGUGGGAUCUAAAUGAAGAAGGGAUCAAGGGUUUCCUCAGCUUAACUUUGAGAAAGAAGCAAGAAGUCACCAGAAUGAUGAAGCAUGCAAGAGACUGUUAUGCUAAAGUUUUGACUGGAACAAGUAUGGACUUCCAGAAUGAUUGGGAUGGAUACGACAGUGACUCUGAACUGUCAGAUGAGUUUGAUGAGCUCUCAAGUGAGAAAUGAGCAUUAAGUCAUUUUUGUUGCAGAGUUUCCUUUUUAUUUUUUCUCCCACUCUAACAAUGCAGCCCUAUUUCUGAUACCGUAGGGGGUCAGAAAUGUUGCUGUGUGGGGCCACCACGGUCAAAUCAACUUGGAGGAAACACUGUUUGUGUGUCAGAUAUGCUUGAAUAAUAGUAUUCAUCAUAUCUACAUGUGACAUUACAACAAUAAUGAAUGUAAUUAAUUUAAGUAACUGUUUUUCCAAUAGUAAUCUUCUGUUUAUGGUAGAACAAAACUGUGCGGAAAAGUUUGCAGGAAGGUGUAAAUAUGUGCAUUGUAAUAAUAAUAAUAAACAUAAUUCCACUAAUGUCA